ACACCCAUCCCACAACUCCUCUCCUCAUUUCCCAUCCUGCCUGAGCUGCAUGUCCCUCAUUCCUCCUUCAAUGGCUGUGGAGGCUCACCAUCUCCCUCUCUUUCCAUCCCAACUCAUUGCCAACAGAGAUCUCACAGCAAACACAGUGGACAACCAAACAGGCUUCAAUCCAUUGUACAGCACUGUCAUAGCAACAACAACAGCAGCAGCAGCAGCAGCAGCAGAUGAGUAUUCUCUCCCCAGGAAACGCUUGAGAGAUCUCAGCUUCACUCCAUCUUUAACUGGCAAUGACAUCUCCUUCCUCUUCCAACAACACCAACUGGAACUAGACUGGUUAAUUGCCAAACAUGUUGAUGAGGUGGUAACUGAGCUUGGAGAAAGAAGAAGGUUGUUCAUGAAGCAAAUGGUGGCAGUGGUAGAGGAGAAGGUGGCAAGAUGGCUUAAGAGUAAGGAGGAAGAGAUGGAGAAGAUGAAGAAGCUAAACAUGGCAUUGGAGGAGAAUGUCAAGAGUCUUUGCUUGGAGAACCAGAUAUGGAGAGAGCUUGCUCAGAGCAAUGAGGCUACUGCUAAUGCUUUAAGGAGAAAUAUAAAACAUCUUCUUGUGAGGGGGAAGAUGAAUGAGGAGAGCAAUGAGGUUGUGGAGGAUGCUGAAUCAUGUUGUGAAGGAGAAAGUACUAGAGAAAGCAUGAGAGGUUUGCAGUUGUGUAAGAGUUGCCAUGGAAAUGAGUCAUCUGUGUUGCUGCUUCCUUGUAGACAUCUUUGCAUUUGUGUUGAUUGCUGCUUGGGAGUUGAUGUUUGUCCUGUUUGUAAUUGCAAAAGAAUUGGAAGUAUUAAUGUGAAUUUGUCUUAAAGUCAUAUUAAAACUCCCUGAUUUUCUUUUUUUUUUAUCCGUGUUUUUUGUUUUUUGACAAAACAGAAGAAGUUCUUGGGCAAGCACAAUAAAUUGAUGGUUGCUUUCUUUCA